AUGUCUUCAGAUCGAGAGCAAAAUGGACCAACACAAGUUCAUCCACAGAUAAAUUAUAAUGAAUUGCCUACACACAUCCAGAUGAACGGAAUUAAUGGAAUAGGAAUGAUGGGAAAGUCUUUUGAAUCAUCAUGGACUUCUUCGCCACCUCGGCCACCAAGUCCUCAGUCGCAGACCAGCUUCGAUACACUUUCACCUCCUCCCGCUGGCACCACAACAAAUCCUACGCCAACAACAACAGGCGGAACUGUUACAACAGCAAUUGGAGUUGUAGCAACACCACCAGCUCCUCCAGAAUUGCCUGUAUUCACAUGCCCACGACGACCAAACUUAGGACGUGAAGGACGUCCGAUUUUACUACGUGCUAAUCACUUUCAAAUUUCUAUGCCAAGAGGUUUUGUUCAUCAUUAUGACAUAAAUAUUCAACCUGACAAAUGUCCACGAAAGGUUAAUCGUGAAAUUAUUGAGACUAUGGUUCAUGCAUAUAGUAAAAUUUUCGGAGUUCUAAAACCAGUAUUUGAUGGACGGAAUAAUUUAUAUACUCGCGAUCCAUUACCAAUUGGAAAUGAUCGUGUUGAGCUCGAAGUCACGUUGCCGGGCGAGGGAAAAGACAGAGUUUUUCGUGUCACUAUUAAGUGGGUCGCUCAAGUAUCACUAUUUAAUCUCGAAGAGGCUCUUGAAGGACGUACAAGACAAAUUCCAUAUGAUGCAAUACUUGCACUUGAUGUUGUGAUGCGUCACUUGCCAAGUAUGACUUAUACACCGGUUGGAAGAAGUUUCUUCAGCUCACCCGAUGGCUAUUAUCAUCCUUUGGGCGGUGGUCGUGAAGUUUGGUUUGGUUUCCAUCAAAGUGUUCGUCCAUCACAAUGGAAAAUGAUGCUCAACAUUGAUGUAUCAGCGACUGCAUUUUAUAAAGCUCAACCUGUCAUUGAAUUCAUGUGCGAAGUUCUCGAUAUUCGUGACAUUAAUGAACAAAGAAAACCACUCACCGAUUCACAGCGUGUCAAAUUCACAAAAGAAAUUAAAGGUUUAAAAAUUGAAAUUACUCAUUGUGGCACAAUGAGACGUAAAUAUCGUGUUUGUAAUGUCACAAGACGUCCAGCUCAAAUGCAAAGUUUUCCAUUGCAACUCGAUAAUGGACAGACCGUUGAAUGCACUGUCGCCAAAUAUUUCCUUGACAAGUAUAAAAUGAAACUUCGCUAUCCACAUUUGCCAUGUUUACAAGUCGGCCAAGAACACAAGCAUACAUAUUUACCAUUAGAAGUAUGUAAUAUUGUCGCAGGACAACGUUGUAUUAAGAAAUUGACAGAUAUGCAGACAUCAACCAUGAUUAAAGCAACUGCUCGCUCAGCACCAGAUCGUGAAAGAGAAAUCAACAACUUGGUGAGACGUGCUGAUUUUAACAAUGAUUCUUACGUUCAAGAAUUCGGACUUACCAUCAGCAACAGUAUGAUGGAAGUAAGAGGACGAGUUUUACCACCACCCAAAUUGCAGUACGGAGGACGUGUUUCAAGCAUUAGUGGACAAGUUCCUAUGUCUUCGCAGAACAAAAUCAGUCUUGCCUCCCCUAACCAGGGAGUGUGGGAUAUGAGAGGAAAACAAUUUUUUACUGGUGUCGAGAUCCGUGUAUGGGCCAUUGCAUGCUUUGCACCACAACGAACAGUUCGAGAGGAUGCACUUAGGAAUUUCACACAACAACUUCAAAAGAUAUCUAAUGAUGCAGGAAUGCCAAUAAUCGGUCAACCAUGUUUCUGCAAAUAUGCCACAGGACCUGAUCAAGUUGAACCAAUGUUCAGAUAUCUCAAGAACUCGUUCAAUCAAUUGCAAUUGGUUGUCGUCGUGCUGCCAGGAAAAACACCAGUAUACGCUGAAGUAAAGAGAGUUGGAGAUACAGUGUUGGGAAUGGCAACACAAUGUGUUCAGGCAAAGAAUGUCAACAAAACAUCGCCACAGACAUUGUCAAAUCUCUGUCUUAAGAUCAACGUUAAAUUGGGUGGUAUUAAUUCAAUCUUGGUGCCAUCAAUUAGACCAAAAGUAUUCAAUGAACCAGUCAUCUUCCUUGGAGCUGAUGUUACUCAUCCACCCGCCGGAGAUAAUAAGAAGCCUUCAAUUGCUGCAGUUGUUGGUUCAAUGGAUGCUCAUCCUUCAAGAUAUGCUGCAACAGUACGAGUACAACAGCACAGACAAGAAAUGAUUCAAGAAUUAAGUAGCAUGGUGCGAGAACUUUUAGUCAUGUUUUACAAAUCAACAGGUGGCUACAAACCACACAGAAUCAUUCUGUACAGAGAUGGUGUUUCGGAAGGACAAUUUCCACAUAUAUUGCAACAUGAGCUCACAGCUAUUCGUGAAGCAUGUAUUAAAUUGGAAGCUGAUUAUCGUCCGGGUAUUACAUUUAUCGUUGUGCAAAAGAGACAUCAUACGCGUUUAUUCUGUGCUGACAAAAAAGAACAGAGUGGAAAAUCUGGAAAUAUCCCAGCAGGAACAACAGUCGAUGUUGGAAUUACACAUCCAACAGAAUUCGAUUUCUACUUAUGUUCACAUCAGGGUAUUCAAGGCACAAGUCGACCAUCACAUUAUCAUGUCUUGUGGGAUGAUAACCACUUCGAUUCAGACGAAUUACAGUGUUUAACCUAUCAAUUAUGUCACACGUAUGUACGAUGUACUCGUUCAGUAUCCAUUCCUGCACCAGCCUAUUAUGCUCAUCUAGUAGCAUUUAGAGCAAGAUAUCACUUGGUUGAGAAAGAGCAUGAUUCCGGUGAGGGAUCACACCAAAGUGGCUGUUCUGAGGACAGGACACCAGGAGCGAUGGCAAGAGCCAUUACCGUACAUGCUGAUACCAAAAAAGUUAUGUACUUUGCUUAA